CUCUAAUCGACCAAAAGGCUAUAGCGCCGCUCGUGUUUCAACACCCGUCCAACUUGUUCCAAACAGGGAAAUAGAUGCCUUUGGGCACAAUAGCAUCGAACAUCAUCGCUUUCGCCUGUUAUACAGUUCUUGUUUACGACUACUUCAUUACCCUCGGUCGCGAGGUUUCAUACGUUUGGUCAAGCCCAUGGUCCUUUGCACUUCCCCUCUUUUACAUCAACAGAUACGGCGUCUUCGCCGACCAAUCAGUACUACUUUCUUUCAACCUAGGCCGCAACAGAACAACCGCAGAAUGUGCCAGACUCCUUCGGGCCGGGAUAGCGUUAACCACCAUUGGAGGAAAUGUAGUCUACACAAUCAUAUAUCUUCAAACUUGCGCCAUCUGGGGAAACAAACGCAAAGUUGCAAUCCCAUUAUUUUUCCUCCUAGUGGCUAAGGUGGUGAUUUCGAUCGUGUUGAAUUACAUUCAUCUGAGUCGUAUGGAGUGGAGCGUGAAAGAACCAUACGGAAGAUGCGUCGGCACAGCCCAGACACAUUAUCCUCGCUAUGUUUACCUUGUCGUUUUCCUCUCGGAGGCUGUGACCAUAGGGCUCACGCUCGUCAAAGCGUGCCAACACAUUCGACGGUCCAACUCAUCUUGGGUUUCCCAGCUCUACAAGAACGGGAUCCUUUACUCCAUCUGCGUACUCCUAUUCAGCCUUCUCAACGUUAUCUUUCCCUUCACGACCUCGCCGGUGUACGCUGGCCUCUUUGUCCGUCCGCAGCGUGUGGCCGAGUCCGUCCUCUGUAACAGAGUUGUCUUCGUGAUUCUCAGGCAGCAGAACGCUCAACGUCGUUUGCGACGGCGUGGUUUCUUCCACCCGUCGACCGAAAACCUCGAAACGGAAUACGAGCACCCAUCGACACUUACGAGUCACCAUGUCUUCACCAGCGUAUUCAAUUACCCCACUACCCAUUCCAAGGAUUCCAGUAGGCCAUCGAUCGAUGGCUUUGAACUGGAAGUGAUCCAAAAGUUGGAUACUGAUAGACAUCAGCCCAAACACAUCGAGGAGAAUGAACCCAGUCCUUCCCCGUCGUCCGCAGGACAUUGGUUAGCAUAG